AUGAAAUUUUGCAGUGCUGUGGAAAAACAGGAAAGUCGAACGAUGAGUGAUAGCCGUGAUCGGGUACUGAUACCGUUGCGCUCAAAACGGCACGAUAAGCAGUUCCAUACAAAAUACAUCAAUUGGCGACAUCUUGUACGCUUCGGAAUGCUUCUCGAGGAUCUCGAUACUUUCGCUGGUCGUGCUGUGGAAAAACAGGAAAGUCGAACGAUGAGUGAUAGUCGUGAUCGGGUACUGAUACCGUUGCGCUCAAAACGGCACGAUAAGCAAUUCCAUACAAAAUACAUCAAUUGGCGACAUCUUGUGCGCUUCGGAAUGCUUCUCGAGGAUCUCGAUACUUUCGCUGUAUGGUUAUCGUAUCGGCACAAUCAGGGAGUGAUUCCGAGCCAGCAACAGCGAAACUUGCAACCAAUGACAUUUGUUACGGCAUGUGUCGAUCAUAUCAGUAAAUACAUAAUCGUGCUUUUUGAUAUCAUUGUUUAA